CUGUCCUGGUUGUAAACAGGCCGUUUUCGCAAUCUGGACGACGCUGCUUUCCUUGCAACAUGACUGGCAUUGCAAAGGAGGGUUUGGGGAAAAUUUACAAAGAUUUUCUUAGAGUUUGUGAGAAGUGGCCUAUUGACAAAACCAGAUCAGGUCGAGAUUUCGGCGAACAUCUUAGAAUAAAUUUUGAUACUAGAUUGAAAAACGAGAAAGUUGACCACAAUGAAGCAAAACGAACUGUCGAUGCGUUGAUGAAAAUCAGUACAAAUUAUUACAGAGACAAGUAUCCUCGUGUCAAUAACACAGCGUACUCACUUCAAGACAAACAAGUGUAUAGGGAAGUACUGUCUAAUGAAGGUCAAGCGCAAGUGCAACCACAUAAAACUUGGUGGGAAAGAAUGUACGGAAGCACGAAACUAGGUGAAAGAAUGAGAGAGGAAGGAAAAAAGAAAUAAACAAUUAUAAAGAGCUUUUGUACAUUUAACAUUCUUAAGUGUUCAGUUGGAUGCUGCAUUUUCUGUAUACUGACUCUCAUAGUUUCGCUCAACUUCAUUUGAAUAUACUUGAAUAUAUGUUGCGAAUGUUGCAUGAUGAAUUGCUUGUCAGAAUAGACAAACCGCUCUGGAAACGAGGCUAGUUAGUUUUUAAUAGGAUACGCACAAUUUCAUUGUUAUCUUUUUGGAUUGUUUUCGUUACUCGUAAAUGUAAAUGUAAAAAUUAAAAUGACCACAAUUUUCUGUUCAA